AUGCAGCUGGAGAAGAUUCUGAGCAAAGAAAUAGAUGAAUUUCUGACUCUCAAGUUUGUAAUCAUCAUUCAGAACAUGGAGCCCACUCAUAUCUCUAAUAACAAUGAGAACAUAUCUGAAGGCCCAGAGACAGAGUUCUUAGAUAAUAAUGAGCACUAUAAUAUGUCUGCAACCUGCCAAUAUCAGAUCACUACACACUCACCAUCUUCUGCCAUACUGUCUUUCUCUUAUUCUCUCUCUCAAUACAAUCAAGACAGUUCUCAGAACAGCAUGCACAUAGACACAACUAUUGAUAAGCUGCAUUGUGACCACAAGAAUAGCUUCAAUAGAAUUAAUAGCAUGGCUAGCUAUUCAGAUACUUCAAUAGACUUGAACACUGUAAUAGAUUCACCAAACCCAGAUGCUGUGCUCACUGCCUCCACUGAAGCUCAGGAUUCUCAGGAUAGCUUAACUCAGAUCAUGAAUAACUGUGAAUGUGACUCCACAUCUGCAUAUAUUAUGGUUGAGCAGCCAGUUUCAAGAACAACAUCAGUACUAAUCAAGAAUAGUGAAAUUCAAAAUGAAUACCCACCAGCUUUAUUCAGUGAAAUUCAAAAAGAGGGCCCACCAACUCUACUCUAUAAAAUUCAACAAGAGCACCACUCUCCAGAUGUUGAGAUAAUCAAUAGUAACAACACUUUACUCUUGAACACAGAUUAUGAGUUUCUUGAUGAGGUGACACAACUGAAAUCUGAGCCACAAACCAGUAACAAGAGCAAUACUGAGCAAGUUGACCCAGUGAAACUUAUCAAGUCUGGCAGAUUUUGA